UCCGCUGGCAUAACACAGGCCGCAGUGAUUUGGUAGCCGCUGCAGUCGGAGGAAGGACCGCGGUUCUCCCCCCUCUAUCUUUCUGGUUCGCUUCGAAUAUCUCUCGGUGGUCCCCUCACGCAGCGAUCAGCUAACCCAGCGCAGCGCAGCCUGUUAUAUGAUAGCCGAGUUGUAGUAUUACCGACGGACAGUGAUCUCCAUCGCCAUUUUAAUCGCACGUUUUCCCUGACAGAACCGCUAGCACAACAAUGGCUCUGAAAAGAAUUCACAAGGAGUUGAACGACUUGGCACGGGAUCCACCAGCCCAGUGUUCUGCAGGACCAGUAGGAGAUGACAUGUUUCACUGGCAAGCCACAAUAAUGGGACCUAAUGACAGUCCUUAUCAGAGCGGGGUUUUCUUCUUGACCAUACACUUCCCCACAGACUAUCCUUUCAAACCGCCAAAGGUUGCGUUUACCACAAGAAUCUAUCACCCAAAUAUCAACAGCAACGGCAGCAUCUGUCUUGACAUCCUGCGAUCACAGUGGUCUCCGGCUCUCACCAUCUCCAAAGUCCUCCUGUCCAUCUGCUCUCUGCUGUGCGACCCAAACCCGGACGACCCCUUAGUACCCGAGAUCGCCCGCAUCUACAAGACGGACAGGGAAAAAUACAACAAAAUAGCUCGGGAAUGGACACAAAAGUAUGCAAUGUAGUGUUGGAGUAGAAUCAUGGCCAACCACCUCUACAACAUAAAGUUAGGGGAGCUACAGACGUAAAGAGAAAACAAACAAAAACCAUACAAACAAAAUGAGAAGUUUAAAACAAGAUCUUGUUGGUUUCCAUUGGAGUGCUUUCUUUGAGCCACGCCCCCCCCCCCCCCCACCAGAGUACCUGUAAAACUCCCUCUGCCCCGACUCCCCGACCCUCCCUCUCUCUUUCCCUCUCUAUUGUUCCCUCUCUCUCUGUUUGACUCUUCCCCCUCCCCCUCCCGCCUCUCAGCUCACCUUUCUAUCCUCCAGUGUACAUAUUGUCAACUUGCAUUGGUAACACCUGUCUCUCUGCUCCUUUUUUUUUUUUCUUCUUUUUUUACCUCCUCCCUCCCCUUGUGACCUCUGCCUCCAAUCUUCUGACUUCCGUUAUAUUUGAUCAUGAUGCAGGUUGGGCUCUUGUGCCAGCAGCCGAUAACCCUCCCCCCACCUAACUUCCCCUUUUACAUACACACCUGCAUCCUCACCCAUCUCCCCCCAGAUGAAAUCACUAAAUGCAUUCCUUUGAGCAUCUGUAAAAACAUUGAGGGGACCUUAUCCUUUAUUUCCCUUUUUGUUUUGUUUGUUUUUAGGGGAAGGGGUACAAUAAUAUGGAGGGAUUUUUACACUCUGCAUCCUUUCUUGUUUUGUUGUCCUUGUAAUUUCCAUCUGUCGGGGUGACAAUUCAAGAAAGCCGUAUUCGCAUGUGAGUUGAAGGGCACUCUGUAUUUUAUAAUAAUUAAAAUCCUUAAACCAUGGAAGGCUGUGUAAAACGGCCUCUUCUGGUCUUCUGUUGGAUUCUCUGAAAGGACAUGAAUUAUCCCUAGCCCACACCUUCUGCCCCUCCCCCCAGCCUCAAAACACCUUACCCAAAUUGACCCCUUUGUAUACACACACACACACACACACACACACACACACACAUACACACACAACUAUAACCCCAUGCCCCCCCACCCCCCACGUUUUCUUUAUUCACAAAGUGGAGGUCCUGGACCAGGUAUUUAAGCAAUUUAUUUUUCUUAGUUUAACCUGUGUUUUUAUACCCCAACCCCAUAACUCUUUAGGUUGCAUUUUUUUGGUUUUGUUUAAUUUUUAUUUUAUUUUUAUUUUAUUUUUUUGCUAUUGUUAAAUUAGAAGCUAACAUCUUAAAUGGCUAUGGGACUGGCUUGUGCUCUGGGUGCGAGGAGAACCCACUCUUCUUGCACAAAACCUCUGUAUAUUGAAUUACCUGAGAGGCUCGUUGAGCUUUGUGUGUUGAUUAAACUGUGUAAUAAAAACCCAUGACUCCUG